AUCUCCCUUCCAGCAUGGCAUUUUAGUUAUGUGGACACACUACAACAGAAUGAAGGUGGUGACAUGAUCGGUCAGAGUACCACCAUUAUGCCAUCUGGAAGAAUUUACACUUCAUUUUCAAGAUAUUUUAAGAGCACCAUGAAUAAUACAGUUAUCUUCGAAUUUUCUUAUGACAUUCUUGUUCGUGAUGGACUUCAGACUUGGAAAAUAUUGGCUCAAGAAGUCUUUGUGUGGUCCCCAACACAGAUAAGCCUUCAGGCCACUGUUAGUGAAGGAGAGCUUGCAGUGUUUGGUCUUGAAACAUCUCUGGAAGGACUCAACACACAAGAGACUGGCUUCUUCUUCAAAAACUGGAUCAGAGAGUUGUAUGAAUGUGAAGCCUCACUCAGUAAUGAAGGACACAAAACUGAUUUCAGCCUCACAUUGUUUAUCAUACCCCUCAAUAGGGAAAUUAAAA